AAACAACGCAGCGGCGCCAGGCUCAAGGGGAUUUUGCGUGGAUGUAGAAGAAUCUGGAUGCCCCGGAGAAGUGGCCGAGGGGACAAUCCGAUGCACACUAUGCAUGGGAGAUUUGGUGCAUGUGAUUGCCGUGGUGCCGGAUGACUUGUGCUUCGACCGCCGUGGGUGCUUAAGCUUGUUUCCCGACAUCAGAAUCGGACAGAUCGUGGCGUCCUGCUGCUGAUACUUGGGCAGUGGCAAGCUGGAGUACCAGAAAGCUCUGACCAGCACUCCUUGCCCUGUGUGCAUACACUCUGUGCUUUCGGUGCGAUUCUGGAGCUUCGGGAGCCUGGAGAAGAAAUUAGGGUUUAGUUCCCUGAUUUUACAGUGAAAUUUGAACAAGCCGAUUGAGCUUAUCGGGGUCACAAAAGUGAUCGGAAUUAUUGAAAUUUGCACUUCAGAAAGAGCAAAGUUGUGAGAAAUGCGGGAUUCUAGUGCGAACUCCGGAAAGACUCUCCAAAGACUAGAGAAGAGCGUUGAAGCGGGAAAUUAUUAUGAGGCUCAACAGACGUACAAGACAGUCUAUGCCCGAUACAUGGCUGGUCGAAAGUACGAUGAAGCGAUGGAACUCUUGCAAGCUGGCGCCAGUGUCCAGCUGAAGCAUGGACAGGCAUCCAUAGUAGAGGAGAUUUCCUGAUCCUUUUGGAAGUAGAAGUGACUCCCUGGCCUGCAUGGUAACUUGCGGGGCAGAGCUGGCCGUGUUGCUCAUAGAAACGUUUGGGAAGGCAAGUGUGCCGUAUACCAGCACAGCCUUAGAUCGUAUUAUAGCCAUAUACAACGAGUUCCCAAAGGUGGACGUCGGGCAGAUCAAAGCAGUUUCUGAGGAUGGAAGCAUAUCAGAAGAAACAGUCGAGGCCAGAACCAGAGUGGAAGGAUGCUCUUCUUUCCUAAAAGCAGCGAUCAAGUGGUCAAUCGAAAGCGGUGGGCAAAGUAAAGGAGCACCUGAACUUCAUAAGAUGUUGGCUGAGUACAUAUGGACACAGUCGCCUGUUCCUGAAUUGGGAAAAGCAUCAAUACAUUUUCUACGUGGAAAUUGUCCUGAAGCUUUUGCUUCAGCCGUAGUAGACUGUAUGAGCAAGUGCUAUCAAGGUGAAGCUGAUCUAGUGGUUGCAAGAGCCAUCUUACAGUACUGCUCUUUGGGAAAUCUGAGAGAUGCAAAUAUUUUGUGGAGCAAGGUCAAGGAAGCUUGUUCCGACAAGCUCCCUGAUACACCUUUAUUGCAUUUUAUAAAAUUCCUUCUACAAACCCUCGAAAGAGAUGCUCUACCACUGUUUCGGAUGUUAAGACAAAAUUACAAACUUAGCAUUGAACGGGACCCAACCUUUGAUGAGUACUUGGAUGACAUAGCGGAGCGAUUUUUCAACGUGCGCCGCAAGACUGGUAUUCAAGGAAUGCUCGGAGACAUCAUGAAGAUGUUUGCAGGUGUUUAGUGUAUAUUUGAAUUCGGAUCAAAUUCGGUUGGCCGACAUAGAAGCAUUGAGACAUGGAGUGGAUUGGAAACUUUGUCCUCGUGGUAAGUAUCAAACUAGUCAAAAUCUCGCUGGUAUGCAAGCAUAUCAGGAAUAUGCGAGAAUGAAUUAGUUGCGUGAACACCUAGUUAUUCAUACCGUCAGGGCACAUUCUAUCCGAUAUCGUGUCAUGAGGUGUGAUUUGUUUGAUCACAUGUUAUACUUUGCAAGUAUCAGCCCAGGGUUUUACGAAAUUGUGGCUACAAAGUAAUUGGACUGCCAAUCGUUGUUCUAACGAGGCACAUCUCAAGAGAAGGUAUAGAGCAAUAAAGUUUUGUCUUGUAUUCUUGUCUU